UCUCAAAACACUGAAAUCCGACAAAUCUCGGCUAGUUAGAUUCCCCAUGGCAGAUUAUGGCAGCACGACGAGUAGUGGUGGGAAGUCAAGCGUGUAUGUCACGGCCCUAGACGGCCUCGUCCACGUCAACUCCCUCUUCAGCGGGGUGGUCUUCCUCGGCCUCUCCUUCAGCAGCAGCUCUUCCUCCUCCUCGAGCACAUCCUCCACCUGCACUGUCGACGAAACCACUGUCAAGCGGCUGGUGUUGUUCGAGAUCACGUCCUUCAGCUGCUUCCUCUUCUCCACCAUGGUCGCAUACGCGCUCAAGCUCGCCCUCCACCUCCUCCACUGCAAGGGCCACGGAUCUGGUCCUUCCACUGCAAGCAUCCACUCUUGGGUCCUCAGGUUCGGGGUGAUGCUCAUCGCCUUCUCCUCUUGGCUCGGGUGACAGCCCUCGACGCUAUUUUGAAUAUGAACACCCUCUUCACCAGCAGCGACUUUCUUGGGAUCUCAUUAAACCCGGACUCCUCCCUCGUCACUUCGUCUGCCUGUUCUGCAGGGCCCGAUGUCGCCAAGAGGCUUGUGAUGUUCGAGGUCAUCUCCUUUAGCUUCUUCCUCUUCUCCACGCUGGUGGUUCAGGGCCUGAAGAUCCACCUCAAUCUGAUCAACAGCAAGUACAAAGAUGAACCCGUGAUCGCUGAGGUUGACAAGAGAGUGCUGAACCUUAGGCUGAUUGGAUCGGCGAAUUGGGACCAUCUUUGGUUGCGCGUCUCUGAUGGUCGCUAUAGUUCAUGUGAUUGAGUUAAGGCUGGGGUUACUCUCCUGUGGAAACAAGUAUUCCAUUCCCGCCAUUUCUACCUUGUCUGCGUCAAUUUUCCUUGGUUUCGUGACUUAUCUGUUCAACAUUGUCCAUGGAUAUCUGGACCAACGCCGGCAUUCUCCAUCCCCAACUUCCAAUCGAUCAGGAGACAUCAUGCAAAGCAAGAAUGUGGACGAGACCUAGUUAUCACCGGAAUCCAGGCUUUCAUUGCCAGUCUGUAAUUGAGAUCACAAAUUUCUCCAUCACACAUGACUAUAUAUACAUUACUCAAAUCAAUGGCAAUUAUACAAGUUUCUG